GAACAGGCGCUCUAGCACGAACCUAGAGGAAGCCCCAGACGUCAGUUGAACAUGGCGUUGAGCUGGAUAGCUGUCACAAACGUACAUAGGAAAACAAGCGCUGUAAGGGCCACGGCGUUUUUCUGAAACUCUACUGCGGAUUAGUCGUAAAUACUGACGCUAUCUUGACCACGUUUAUCUGCUUUUCAUCCGAGUCCCUUAUUUCUGGGACUCAUUGAACGCUGAAGAAAAGGGCGGUAGAGCGGUGUUGACAGCUAAGGUACCGGACUCAGCUAACGUUGAUCUCUGUCAGAAAAUGUGUUGAAACCUCCUUUGCUAACUAACGUUUACUAGCUGGGAGCUAGCUGUUGAUUUUGUGUGUCCUAAGAUAUUAGUCAGUCGAUAAGAGCGCAACAUGGUUCUAUAAACUGUUGCUCGUUUUUUCUUUCUUUUUUUUUUGGUUUUGUUUUGUUUAUUGUUUGUUUUUUCGGGUCCAAGAAACUCGGCUACUAUAUUGUCAUUCCAAACCUAACGUCAUAUGCCAGGUUUGUGUCCCCGGUGUUAGUGAGAUAGGUUAAGAAAAUGUCAGAUAAUCAGAGUUGGAACUCCUCCGGUUCUGAGGAAGAUAUAGAGCCUCGAGAGGAGCCUGGACAUCCCAUUGGCAUCGCCGAGUUCAGCGGAUACCUUAGUAAGUGGACAAACUACAUCCACGGCUGGCAGGACCGUUGGGUUGUGCUGAAAAACAACACACUGAGCUACUACAAGUCUCAGGAUGAGACAGAGUAUGGCUGUCGGGGUUCCCUCUGUCUUAGCAAAGCUGUUAUUACUCCUCAUGAAUUUGACGAGUGCCGGCUGGAUAUGAGUGUAAACGACAGUGUGUGGUACCUCAGAGCUCAGGACCCCGAGCACAGACACCAGUGGAUUGAAUCGAUUGAACUGCACAGGAGUAUCAGAGAAGGGAGGAGAGAGAAGGGAGGAGUCCAGGGAAGAAUAAUCAUCCCUCCACCACUGGCUGAUUCUGGUUAUGGCUCUGAGUCCAGUCUGCGGAGACAUGGCUCUAUGCUGUCUCUCACCUCAGCCACCAGUGGCUACUCUGCCACCUCCACGUCUUCCUUCAAGAAGGGUCACAGCCUGAGAGAGAAGCUGGCCGAGAUGGAGACGUUCAGAGAUAUCUUGUGCAGGCAGGUGGACACACUGCAGAAAUACUUUGAUAGCUGUGCAGAUGCUGUGUCCAAGGAUGAACUGCAGAGGGAUAAAAUUGUGGAAGAUGAUGAGGAUGACUUUCCCAACACCCGCACAGACGGAGAGUUUCUGCACAACAAUAAUGGCAGCAAAGAAAAAUUGUUCCAGUCCUUGAAUCCCAAAGGAAUCAAUGGCAUAGAUUUUAAGGGAGAGGCCAUUACAUUCAAGGCUACAACAGCUGGAAUCUUAGCCACUCUGUCCCACUGCAUCGACCUGAUGGUGAAGAGAGAGGACAGCUGGCAAAAGAGACUGGAUAAGGAGAUGGAAAAGAGAAGAAGAAUAGAGGAAAGCUACAAAUCAGCCCUCAAUGAGUUGAAGAAAAAGUCUCACUUUGGAGGUCCAGAUUAUGAGGAAGGUCCAAACAGCCUCAUCAAUGAGGAUGAAUUUUUUGAUGCAGUGGAAGCUGCUCUUGACAGACAGGACAAAAUAGAAGAACAGUCUCAAACUGAGAAGACAAGAAUACAGAGAUCUGACGCUGUUCCUCUUGAAGAUGCCUAUUCAAGCUCCGGCACACACAGAUUCUCCAACAAGGUGGAGGAGAUGGUGCAGAGUCACAUGACCUACUCCUUGCAGGAUGUUGGUGGAGACGCCAACUGGCAGCUGGUCGUUGAAGAAGGUGAAAUGAAGGUAUACAGGAGAGAGGUAGAAGAAAAUGGGAUUGUACUGGAUCCGCUGAAGGCCACUCAUUCAGUAAAGGGGGUGACUGGUCAUGAGGUGUGCCACUACUUUUGGGACACUGCCUACCGCAGUGACUGGGAGACUACCAUUGAAAACUUUAAUGUUGUGGAGACGCUGUCGGACAAUGCAGUUAUUGUAUAUCAAACACACAAGCGGGUGUGGCCUGCCUCUCAGAGGGAUGUGUUAUACCUUUCUGCCAUGAGGAAAAUUAUGGCCAGCAAUGAGAAUGAUCCAGACACCUGGCUGGUCUGUAAUUUCUCUGUGGAUCAUGAUAAUGCACUGCCAACCAGCAGGUGUGUGCGUGCCAAAAUCAACAUUGCCAUGAUCUGCCAGACGCUCGUCAGUCCACCAGACGGAGAUAAAGAGAUCAGCAGGGACAACAUCCUUUGUAAAAUCACCUAUGUCGCCAAUGUGAAUCCAGGAGGCUGGGCUCCUGCCUCUGUGCUCAGGGCCGUGGCUAAGAGGGAGUACCCCAAGUUCCUCAAACGCUUCACCUCCUACGUCCAGGAAAAAACUGCUGGCAAACCCAUCUUAUUCUGAAGCACACAGUGUUGAAACGCAAGGCCAGAACUUCACCUGAAGCUUUAAGCACACACUGUAAGCAAACUGUCAGCUGCUGUCCUCAACAGGAUUUAUUAAAGUUCCCCUCAGGAAGGGGUUAAAGGGCUCCCACCCUUCCUGAUUUCUGAAUUCAAAUAAAAAUAUGUUGACCUCAAAUAAUAUAAUCUCUGAAAUGGGACUUCAUUUAGAAAAUGAUGGCCUGCAGUCAUUCAGACUUAAACGAUUGUAACCCAGAAAGGAUUUCCAAAUGUCUCUCUUGAGAGAUACCCGGCCAGCUGUGAGCCAGUUAGUUCUUGUCCCUGCAGCAGCACUUAAUGCUAUCUUUAACCCUCAUUUAAGAGACUGAACUAUCAGGUUGUCUCUGUUUAGAGAGAACAAAUGAUAUAAAUCUAUGUUCUGUAAGGUUGUAAAAAUAAACAGAAAUGUUAGAUAAUUGAAAUUAAAUAUUCAGCUCUGGUUCGAUGUUUAUUUUUUCAAAUACCUAACUCGUACAUUUACAGCUUUCCUUUAAGCUGCUCACAUUUCCUAGUUAAACAACAUAAAUGAUUUGAGCCAACUGUAAUCUUUUCUAAAGGUUACAGAGGUCCAGAGGGCUGUCAUUCACACAUGACCCCUAUGACAUUAAAACUUGAUCUGACUUGUGCUCUCUGAUGAAGACGCCUCUUUUUGGUUCUGAAGGAGGGACAGGACAUCAUGUACGUUACCUGUAUUGCUUUAUAGUUACAUCACUGUUAAUAUGUUGGAGUGUCUUUGAACAUAUUUCAAGUGUUUCAUGAAUUGUAAUUAGUGACAUUAGCAUUUUUGCUGAAGAUCUGCAAAGCUUUUUCUUUUUUUUUUUUUUUUUUUUUUUUAAACUUGAGCCCAAAUGCCUUAGUUUUCCAGCAAACUGUAGAUCCAGACUUGGAUAAAGAGGGUGCUCUUAGUGUACCCUUUGAAAUCACUAGUGAAGUGCCUCAUGGCUAUGCUCCCCUUGUUAAUGUUUAAUUAAAGCUUGAAUGAACCAUGUGAUAUGUUACAGAAGGCUGGCAGGAUGCUUUCACAAGUAUUCUGAAGAUUUCUGAAUCAUUUUUGGAUUAAUUUUACUAGAAGCCAUCAACUUUUCUGUCAGGAUUUCUGGGAUUUAAUUAAUCAGUUAAAAUGUCUUUGUAUCAUGUAUUUUCUGUCUGAAGAUGUCGAUUGUACAUGUACAGGACUGUUAAGUCUAUAGAGUUAAGUAAGACUCUGCUUAGCUUAAGUAGAGUUUUUCUUAUUAGUGACGCACCAAAAUAUCGGUACCUCCUGAUAUUGGCCUUGUUGGCCGAUAUAGUGACGUCAUUUGCCGAUAUUUUCCCGUUAUAGAACGCGGUGUGAUGAAGAGAUCCACGACUUUAAAAUGGGUUGGUUCUUUUUAUAAUUGUUUGUUUCCCUGGGCAAAAGGGGAAUAAAUAAUCAAAAAGACAAACUACUGGCACCAGCCAUUGCUGUUGGCCAUAUUGUUUUUGGUUCACAAGAAGUGCAUCCCUGUUUUGUUUUGUUUUUUCUAGGAACAGUUUUCAUGCAAUACGUUGCUAAACAUUUAAGUAAAUGUAAAAAUGUAAAUGUUAAAAGCCAAGUUCUUUUUGUCAAGCACACGGGAUGGAUAAAGAUUUAUUUUCCCUACAAGUUUCAAAUUUAAGAUAUCAGUAUUGUUGCCAGGGUACUUCUUUUUUUUUCUUCUUUUUUUAAGUUGCAUUUUCACCUGUUGAGAGCACAGUGUUUUUUUUUCUUUGUUUUUCUGGGGUGGUGUCAUUGGCAGAUUUGUAGCUGUUUCAGGCUUCACACAAAAGCAUUGAAUUUUUUUCAAGCUUUUUGCUGAAAAAUGUGUUGGAGAUAUAAAAUGAUGCUCAGCCACGCAGCUAAGAGUAACAACACCAUGCUGAAGCUCAUUCAGCUAAAACAGGCAUUUGUAAUACAGGUUUGUCAAAUCCGAAUGUAAUUAGAUUUUUUUUUUUGUAAAUCUGUUCAUACUUAUGCUGUGGGAUCAACUUAUAAAUGUACUGUGAUAACAUGGCUCUGCCCUGUUUUUAAAGUGAAAUAAAUAAGUUUAUCCUCCA